AUGAAAACCAUUUUAGUAGCGUAUCCAAAUCACAAAGUAUUAUCAAAUAUAACACAUCAUAAUACCAAAAAGAAAUGUAUUGGAGUUGAUAAUAAUAAUCAAAAUAAUAAUAAUAAUGGAUGGAUAUCUGAUUCUUCAAAAUUGGUUACAUCUUCUUCACCAAUAUCAUCAUCUUCUUCUUUUUCUCCAUCUUAUAAUACUAUCAAAUCAUCGACGACAUCUUCAUCACCACUUUCUUUAUCCUCCUCUUCUUCUUCAUCCUUAUCACCAUCUUUAUCAUGUAAUAAUAAUAACCAACCAAUUAAAACUAGUAUCAAGAAGAAGAGAGUGUCCACUAUUAGAAGCACCACCACCACUCCUUCCUCCUCGAAAUUAAAAUCAUCAUCGCCAUUGUACAAUUUAUCGCCAUCCACACCUGCCAUGUUGUCAUUAUCAUCCGAAUUGAAAUUAUCCAAUGGUAGUAGUAUUUCAUCGUCAUUGUCAUCCUCACCUUUGUCUUCAUGCUUCAAGUAUGAUGACUUUUUGUUGUUGGACGAUGACGACAACGACGAUGAUGAAGAUAUACUCUUUCAAAAUGCUGGAUCAUAUAUAUCUCCAAUGUCAAUGUCACCUCAAAAAACAUCAUCAUUGUUGACUAAAAACAACAAACCUCAACCAGUUGCCAAACAACCAUCACCUUUGCCGUCACCGUCAACUACUAGUAGUACGAACUCCAACAAACUAGUAUCAUCAUCAUCAUCAUUGAAAUGUCCAAACAAAAGAGUACAGGAUAUCAAACAAUGUGAAACAAAUACAAACGACAUUUAUUCAACAACCAAAAAGUCUCCACCAUCCAAAAGUACAAUAACAACAAAGAAAUCAUCAUCACAAUUAUCUGGAACUACCAACAACAACAACAAAAACCCAUUAAAGUCAACUACUUUGAUUUCUCCACUAACCUCAACAACUACAAAGACAACUACAACUACAACGACCAACAACAAAAAGGCAGCAUCACCAUCUGUCACAACACCAACCAAACCAAACAAUGUACAUAAACUUCCAACCACCACAACCUCUACGAUACCGACCACCACCACAACGAUUAUGAAUAAAUCCAAACCGACAACAACAACAACAACAAGUUUGGCAACAACGACCACCACCACCACCACAACGAUUAAACCGACUAUGGAUAUUGAUAACAAAUACAAAUCCAUCAAACCGAUUUCAACCAACCCCCUCCCUUCUUCUUCUUCAUCAUCAUCUUUAACAAAAGUUAAAACAGUUGUUGAACAACCAUUGACGAUGAAAAAGAGACCUAUAUCAAGUACCAUCGCCACACCACCUCAACCACCACCUCCUUUGACUACUACGACCUCUAUUGUCAAACCACCACCUCCAUCUUUACCAGCAUCAUUGACAACAAAACCAACCAUUAGAAAGAGAGAGGCAGCCAAGAGAGGAGUGAAUCCAGCCAAACUAGAGAUGAGUAUGAUGGACUUUGAAGAGAGAAUCCAAGCAGCCCUUUUAGCAGAACAACAAGGUUUGGCAUUUGGUGGUAGUCUGCUCACCACCUCUCCAGAGAAAGCAGCAUUGGAAAAGCCAACCAGUGAAUGGAGUCCAGUUAAAAAAAAGAGGACCUCUACUGAAGACUUUUUUAAUACCCAUUGUUCUUGA